GCCCGCCGUCCCCGAGCCGCGGCGCCCAGAGCUGCGACCCGCGCGCCCCGCUCCGCCGCCGCCCCGGCCUGGGCCGCCAUGUCUCUGUGGAAGAGAACCGUCUACAAGAGUGUGUGCCUGGCCCUGGCCCUGCUCGUGGCCGUGACAGUAUUCCAGCGCAGCCUGACUCCCAGCCAGUUUCUGCAGGAGCCCCCGCCACCCACCCUCGGGCUCCAGAAGACCCAGAAACCGAGCGGACACCUGGUGAACCCUGACAGCUUCUGGAAGAACCCAAAGGAUGUGGUCACCCCAACACCCAUGGUUUCCCGGGGGCCCCAGGCCUGGGACGUGACCACCACAAACUGCUCAGCCAACAUCAACUUGACCCAGCAGCCCUGGUUCCAGGGCCUGGAGCCACACUUCCAGCAGUUUCUGUUCUACCGUCACUGCCGGUACUUCCCCAUGCUGCUGAACCAUCCGGAGAAGUGCGAGCGCGGCGUCUACCUGCUGGUGGUGGUCAAAUCCGUCAUCACGCAGCACGACCGCCGCGAGGCCAUCCGCCAGACCUGGGGCCGCGAGCGGGCGUCGGCGGGCCGGGGCCUCGGCGCCGUGCGCACCCUCUUCCUGCUGGGCACAGCCUCCAAGCAGGAGGAGCGGGCCCACUACCAGCAGCUGCUGGCCUACGAGGACCGCAUCUAUGGCGACAUCCUGCAGUGGGACUUUCUCGACAGCUUCUUCAACCUGACCCUCAAAGAGAUCCACUUCCUCAAGUGGCUUGACAUCUACUGCCCCAGUGUCCCCUUCAUCUUCAAGGGCGACGACGACGUCUUUGUCAACCCCACGAACCUGCUGGAAUUCCUGGCCGACCGGCGGCCCCAGGAAGACCUGUUUGUGGGCGACGUCCUACAGCACGCGCGGCCCAUCCGCAAGAAGGAUAACAAAUAUUACAUCCCCGGGAUCCUGUACAGCCAGGCCAGCUACCCGCCCUACGCAGGCGGAGGGGGCUUCCUGAUGGCCGGGGGCCUGGCCCGGCGCCUGCGCCACGCCUGCGACACCCUGGAGCUUUAUCCCAUCGACGACGUCUUCCUGGGCAUGUGCCUGGAGGUGCUGGGCGUGCGGCCCACGGCCCACGAGGGCUUCAAGACAUUCGGCAUCUCGAGGAACCGCAACAGCCGCAUGAACAAGGAGCCCUGCUUUUUCCGCUCCAUGCUCGUCGUGCACAAGCUGCUGCCCACUGAGCUGCUGGCCAUGUGGCGGCUGGUGCACGGCAAUCUCACCUGCUCCCGCAAGCUCCAGGUGCUCUGACCCCAGGAGGCGGGAUGCCAGGAUAGGCCAGGCCGCGUGCCCUUGAGCCCCGGAAGCCCUGGGGCUGCAGCUGCAACGCCAGGGCGCAGCCUUUGGUCCCCCCGCGGGGAGGUGGAGGGUUGGGCCUUCUGUGCCCAUGGGUGUGGUAGCGGGGUCGGGAGCCGGAAGGAGGGUCCCCCCCACCCCCCGCCGGUGGACACGCUCCAGAGAGUGAAGCUGAGGCCCAGGAACCUUUGGGGCUGCCAGACUGAAGAAGGUCCCCUGGGGAGCGAGGCCCCUGGCCACUGGCAGCCCUCACCUGAGUCCGCGGCCUGGCUCCCUCGGAGGCCCCUGAAGGAACCCCGUGCUCAGGUACCUGGGCUGGGCCUGGCCCUGGAUGGGUCUGCGGCUGCCCUCCUGUCUUCACAGAGAUUCUCCUCCUGUGAAAAUGCCUCGGUCCCCCCACGGGCCCAAGCCACCCUUUCAGGAGCUCGACCCUGUGCAGGCUCACAGGCCUCCCCCCUGACCAGCCGUGUCCUCUGAUGCUCCAUCGGCUCCGUCUGGAAGCACGACCGGCCGCUCUGACUACCUCAGCAAUCCUCAGAAGCUCUGGAUGGACUGUAGCCCCCACCCUCCGCCCUGAUGCGGGGGCCCAAGAGCAGCGCUCUGGCCCCGGCAGUCACGGUGCUGCCCGACCAGCCCCAGCCGAGGGCUCUCCUGCACCCCAUGAGGCCUGGCUCCCCAGCCAGAAAGCAGCCGGUUUGACCCUGGAAGUGGACAUUCCUCUAUUACUGUGAAGUUUUAUUUAUGAAGAAUUUGUAGGGAGAAGGUACCAGGCCUCGGGAGAUGGUGGCCCUUCUCCCCCUACCCCCACCCUUCCCUCAUUUCAGCCAGAUGCCACCCGCCACAGCCACUCUUGCCCCCCCACCCCUCCCGCCCCGGUCCCACCUCCACCCAGGUGCCCCCAUGCCCUUCACAGCCCCCCCUCUAGAACCCUGCCCGACCUGCACGCCCACUUCUCCAGGCCCUGAGCCGACCAGCAUCUGCCCCGCUCAGGUUCAGGGGUCCUUGGGGGUGGCUGCAGAAGGAUGCCACCUGGUAUCACAGUCGAGUCACCUGGGAAAAGAUUGAGGGAUCGAGUCUAUUUUCUCAAUAAAAGGGGACUGGUUUUUUU